AGUGGACCCCGUGGGUCUGGCCGUCCAAUCUGCACUCUAGGUCUUCCAUGCGCGGGUGGUGGCAUCCAUUCCACCCACCAAGAUAUGGAUCCCUCCGGCCUAGAGUCACACCCUCCCCCACAAGAGUCCGACCGCGCAGACCUAGAUUUCUACCCUCCUAGCCAUGAGUUCAACUCUCUCUACCUAGAAUUGGACUUGGACUCUGUUAAUGAAGAUCUUUCUCAACCCAUGACAGGCGCCAUGACAGAGACCUCUGCAGGUGCAAAUGAACCCCAUUCAUCUACCAAACCAGAGGAUCUCACAGAGGCUGAGCAAAAGAAGCUCAAGUCCGAACUCGCUAAAUUGGAAGCUGAAAUUGUAACCCUACGCCAUGCGCUGGCAGACAAAGAAAGACACUGCGUGGAGCUCAAGAGGAAGCUGGGCCUCACAGCCUUGGUGGGGCUGAAGCAGAAUCUGUCCAAGAGCUGGCACGAGGUUCAGUUCUCCAACGCCUACAUGAAACAAAAGACGUCAGCUGCACUGUCCACCAUGGGCUCGGCCAUCUGCAAGAAGCUUGGAGACAUGAAGAAGUCAGCCACAUUCAGAUCCUUUGAAGGUCUGGUGGGGACAAUCAAGUCCAGAGUUUCAGGUAGCAGAGAGCUUGACAAUGACUUCCUUCCUUCUUCAUCGGGGUAUGAAGAUGAUUCACCCCCAAUUACAGGGAGUGAGAAUGAUCCAGUUCCAGGGAGUGGAGAUGAUCUGGUUACAGAAACUGGGAAUGACCUGCUUCCCUUUCUGGAGCAGGAAUGA